UGGGGAAACAACAACAGAAAAGGAGGUGACUCAGACCAGACAUAUAUUUAGUCCGGUCAUGUUUACAUUUUAUUGUAAAAAUCUUCCCGAUUAAAAAUAACAACAGCAUCUUAUCAGGUCUGCAGCAGCGAGUCAGUACUUGCUUAGGUCUGUGAGACGCCGGAUUACAGAGGCAGCGAGGGGAAGUAAAAGAUAGAGGAUGUGACAGGGCAGAGGUCCUGCAGUUAUAUGAGCUCUUUGACAAGCAGCUGGACCACUGCGACCACUGCGACCACUUCUGCAUUCUCUGCGCGUAUUUGUCCGGUGUCACAGACCGGCUAAACCCCCUGCAGAGUGGCAUGUGGGUCAACUCCGGAACCGUCGGAAGGGCCCUCUCCAUGGAUAUAGACACAGACUAUGAGCGGCCCAAUGUGGAAACCAUAAAAUGUGUGGUGGUAGGGGAUAACGCAGUGGGCAAGACCAGGCUAAUCUGUGCCCGGGCCUGCAACGCCACCCUCACACAGUAUCAGCUGCUUGCCACCCACGUGCCAACCGUCUGGGCCAUCGACCAGUACCGUGUAUGCCAGGAGGUGUUAGAGAGAUCUCGUGAUGUAGUGGAUGAAGUCAGUGUGUCCCUACGGCUGUGGGACACAUUUGGGGAUCAUCACAAAGACAGAAGAUUUGCCUAUGGCAGGUCUGAUGUUGUGGUGCUUUGCUUCUCUCUGGCAAAUCCCAAUUCCCUGCGCCAUGUACGCACCAUGUGGUUCCCGGAGAUCAAGCACUUUUGUCCCCGGACACCCAUCAUUCUGGUUGGCUGCCAGCUGGAUCUGCGCUAUGCCGACCUGGAUGCAGUUAACCGUGCACGACGACCACUAGCCAAACCCAUCAAACCUACUGAUAUCCUUCCCCCGGAGAGAGGCCAUGAAGUGGCAAAGGAACUUGGGAUUCCUUACUAUGAGACCAGCAUUGUUGCCCAGUUUGGAGUCAAAGAUGUUUUUGACAAUGCCAUCCGAGCCGCCCUCAUCUCCCGUCGUCACCUGCAGUUCUGGAAGUCCCAUCUGAAAAAGGUCCAGAGGCCUCUUCUCCAGGCACCCUUCCUGCCUCCUCGCCCACCUCGCCCCAUCGUUGGCAUCCCAGACCCCCCUCCGAUAGACGGGGAAGGCCCAGAUUCCCUUUUCUCCCAUCCACUCUGUACAGAUGUUCUUUUUCUUCUGCAUGGUGGUGCCACUCGCGUAUUUGCACACAAAGUAUAUCUGGCUACUUCCUGCUCAAAGUUUAAUGACCUCUUUACUCUUGAUCUGGGUGGGUCCUGCAUGGUGUCACGGGGGGAGGAGCAGGAGAGCAAGGAAAACUUGGAGAGUGGGGAGGAAGAUGAACAGAGCAGGAGAGGAGCCAAGGAGCAAGCUGGGCGCACAAAGAGCCUGGAUAUUGAUAAAGACGGGGCUGAUGGAGGGGUGCGGGGCCUGAAUCGACCACAGCUGCUACAGCAGGGCUCUUUGAGGACUUCCCAGAGUGAUAAUGCACUCCCCUCUCGAGCCCACUACUCCCUGGGAGCACUAGGGACUGGUCGUGCACUUUCAGGAUGGGGAAGGGGGUUCCUGAGUGUGUGUCUGGAGCAUGUUGAUGAUCCCAUGACUGGACGACCACGACUCAUGACUGUUGUAGCCAUGGAUGCGCUUAUACAGGAAGAACCAUUCAAGGCUGUGCUUCAGUACCUGUACACAGGCAGUCUGGACGAGGGCAGAGGGGAUCUGAUGCAGGUAGCCACCAUCGCAGAGCUGCUUGAGGUCUUUGACCUCCGGAUGAUGGUUGCCAAUGUCCUCAACAGAGAGAGCUUCAUGAACCAGGAGAUCACCAAGGCUUUCCACGUCCGCAGAGCCAACCGUAUCAAGGAGUGUCUCACUAAAGGGAUCUUUGCUGAUGUGGUGUUUCGCCUGGAUGAUGGCUGCCUCCCGGCUCACAAGCCCCUGCUCAUCUCCAGCUGCAACUGGAUGGCUGCCAUGUUCCGUGGCUCUUUUAUGGAAAGCUACAUUGAGGAGGUAUCCAUCCCUAACACCAGUGCAGCCUGUAUGCGCGGGGUGCUGGAGUUCCUGUACUGCAGUCUCCUGACACCCUCUCCUGGGCUGGAUUCCAUGGAGUUAAUUAUUCUCGCCAACCGUCUGUGUUUGCCCCGCCUUGUCGCACUCACAGAACAGCACGCUGUAGAUGAGCUGCUCCAAUUGGCAGCAAAAGGAGGUGACAUCGAUGGACAAGUGUUGGCUUACCUCGAGCUUGCACAGCUCCACAAUGCCAAGCAACUAUCAGCUUGGUGUCUCCAUCACAUCUGCACAAAUUACAACAGCAUCUGCCGCAAGUUUCCCAAAGACAUGAAGGUCAUGUCUCCAGAUAACCAGAGGCACUUUGAGAAGCAGCGCUGGCCUCCUGUGUGGUUCCUGAAGGAGGAGGACCGCUAUCUGCGCUCACAGAAGGAGCGCGAGCGUGAGGAGGAGAUCUUGCGCAAGCAACACACCAAACGGGGCUGGUGUUUCUGGAGACAUCCGUCCUCUUCUCCACACGUCUCCUAAAUGGUUUCCCCGAUACUAUUCUUCACCCUGACCCGGAUCAUCCUACCCCUGAAUAACUAACCCCCCUGAAACACAUAUAGAGGACGCGGCUUUGAAUCCUCUGACAGUGGCGAGAUGAGACUCUCAGUGCUACUACACCUGAAUGUCAGCAUGUUUCGGGGAAUGUAUGUGCCUCUUUAUAAUUGUGGGUGACUUCAUGAGUGCAUUUUGGUAAGCUUGUGUGACAAGUGUGGAUUUAACUAAAGGGUAUGUGCGUUGAUGUGUGAAUGUAUGUUUGCGGUUGGUAUGAUUGAGUAAUGCUUCCGAGUUGUGUGCUUCCCAGACGCCCUGAUCUAUAAGGGCAGCAGCGUUGCAUUGCAGCCCCUUUUCCCCUUCACAAGAGCUCUGCCCCUCCACCAGCACUCACAGUGUCCCAGCCUUUGAGUGAUUGGACAGGGACCAAGGGCUCUUUAUCUCUCUCAGUCUCCUUCCUUCACAUUGACCUUAAUGACUAUUACACAUUAACCACUGCUGCUUCUCUCGGGAAGCUUACCUCGGCCUUUACUUCUACGCAGACUGUUAGCUUGCACACGCAGACUGGUGCAAAAGAUCCUGCCCUCUAAUAACCAGCACUGGAAUCCCAGGAACAGACACCUAACAAUGUAAUUAUUAUAAUUUUGAUAUUAUUUCAUCUUUUUAUCUGCACCUUCUUGGACAUUUAUCAGGGGAAAUGACACACACUACUCCCAGGAAGUCAACCUUGAUUACCAUUACAACGAUGGGACUGUUAAUCUGGAGUUUAAGUUUGGUAACCCUAAACCUGUGGGCAAGCUGGGACUUUCCAGUCAGAUGCUUGAUCAUAGCUAUUAGCCUCCAGUCUAGUAUUGAAGUGGUCCUUGGUGUCCAUCAUCCACCCCUGCAACUCCCACCGCCUCCUCCUGCACACCACAUGCGCAAAAAAGCUAAACACAAGCUCUCCUCGGUUGGAUUCACCAAUCUGCACUUCAGAGACAUUCAAAGUGACCACUCUAUAGCAAUCAUGGGGUUAAAGAGGGCUAGCCUUACUUGAUGCCUCUGCCAUUGAGGAAUGAUGGAUGCAGUAUUAAACUAAUGUGCGUGUUACGUCCAUUGCAUUAAAGCACCUCAGCCAGCCAGCCUGCCUUUACACCCCUACACCACUAGGGGCAGCACUGCUCAGGGCCCCGGCACUAACCUUCACAGUAACAGGAGUUGUUGUGCCUGCGCGUGCUUCACUCCAGUUGAAGUUGUUCGGUUUAACUUACAUCCAGCAGAGUGUUGAGAGAAGGCUAAAGCCCAGUGUUAAUAGUGCAUUUUAAAAACGGAGUUAAUGUGAUUAUUCAUUUUCACGUUACUCUGAAAACCAAAGCUGUGAUUCUUUUGAUCGUUUUCUUUCUCACUUCCCUCUUCUGAUUCCCUGCUUCCUAUUGGGAUGGAGGAGAAAAGAGAAAGUGGCUUGUUGGGGAUGGAGGCAGUACGAUAUUUUAAUCCCUCCUCGUAGUGUUUCAGCCUGUGGUGUCAGGAGAAAUGUAUAACUGCUGGACAUUGCCUUCCAUUUCUCUUGCUUGAAAAAUGGUGCUUAAGACACAAUAAGACAGUGUGCACAUGAACAAACAAAGAUGGGAUUUUUUGUUCACAGUCUCUAGUUGUUUAGUGUUUACCUGCGAUUAACUGGCAAAAUAUUAAUGAUGGUAUUCAACUUUGACAUUUGUUUGACCUUACUUUUUCUUCUCCAAAUGCUAACAGUCUGUAAGAGGUCUUUCUUCAGUUUACAUACAGUGGUAACAACUUUAUUUAAAAAAAAAUCCUACUGCAUUAAAAAACAACGGUGUAAUCAGUUAUGCUUUAUAGGAAAAUGAUAUUACUUUAGAUUGAAUUUGAAAUUGUGAGUUUUGUCUCCAAGGAUUUGAUCUGCAGAUGAAAGCAAAUCUGAUUUUCUCGUUAAGGGUGCUAAUUUCUUUGGGCUUUAUCUCUGAAUGUGAAAAUGAGACUUUGCAGCGACAAGUUUUCCAUUAGCAUCUCGUUCUAUUUGUGGGUUUGCACCCCUCAGCUUUAGCCAGGCAACUGUAGGAGAUAGAGAGAUUGUGUGAGACAUGUGGUGCGAUAUGCCGUUCACCAUGGGAGGUGUGUUAAAGUCAUUGUCGGCUACAGAAAUAGAAGUCAGACAGGAUCUCAAGAGACCUAAGUGAGAUUGAGCUGAUUCCUCUCAGAAAAGAGUGAAAGGGGAGGAAAAAUUGAACAAGUCUCAUUCAGCAUUAUGCAACCUACAUAUUUUGGAAUUACUACUCUUUCAAAUUCAUCCCAUUGUAGUACUUUGGGAAUUAAGAAAUAAACUAGAAUAAAGGUUUGGACAGCUUCUGAUUGACUUCCAUGGGCACCUUUUAGUUUCUCAUCGAAGGGUUGGCUAUUAGCUUUGUCUUAUGAUGGUUGGUAUGAGCCCUUAAGACUCUUCUUGUGGUCAGUGUGCCUUAUAGUUGGACAAAACUAAAAACUAGAUUGGGAUUUUAGCAAGAUCCUGGUUUAAACACGCAGACAGGUGCUGCAGUGUUUGACAUGAUGGAUACAGUAGACAAUGAUCAUGAUAGUGUAAGAGCUGCAAAAUGGAUUACGGUGUUGCUUUAUGCACUCUAAGCCAUUAUACUUCCUGAGGGGAUUUUUGAGUCAACUAGAGCCAUGCCUGUGGAGAAUAAUCAGGCCUGCUGCUGGUUUUAAUGCAGACAAAUGACCUUAAAUGAAACUCUUUGUAGAGUAAAGUACAUUAGGUUCCACUAGUCAUAUAGCCUUGAAUAAGCAUGUUUUCUAGAUUGGUAAUUAUGUGGAUGUACAAGGACACCAUGGUUGGAAAUGUUCCCUUUUGAUUGAGAGGUAAUGGUAACAAUUGACUUACAGAUUGAUUCCUAUACUGUAAAUUCAAAACCACUGACUUUGAGAAAGCAAAGCUUUUUAAUGAGCACUGGCUGGCCUGUGUGCUAAAAAAGUGCUACUACUUUUAAAUUGUGGUUAAUUUGCAUGGUGGCCUCACUUUUUCAUUAUAAUGGCACUUGGUGUUGGAAUGCACUUUCUUCUUUUUUGUAUAUGACUACAACUUUCUGUGCUUAGCAUGAAUUGUUCCUUGUGUAAGAUUGUUUUGAAACCUGAUGAUUGUAGCAUGAUAUUUCCACUUAAGUCUUUCAGAAUUUCCCACAAUUUGCUAAAUAACACGACAAUGUCCUGCUUCUUUACUCUAGUAGUUGGUAACAAACCCCACAGUAGCUGUGGCUUUAUGCACAACUCAGUUUUAAGAAAUAUACUCAGCACAGCUCAAGGUAGCAUCACUAAUUAUACAACUAUAUGAUUUGCUGGGACAUUUGCUUGAAAAAAAGUAAUGCAGAGGAUCUGUUGCUGCUGUGCAGCUGUCCCCAUUAUGCUGUUACUGUAUUUACUGCAAUCAAUUAAGCAUGUUCUUGUGAUUUGUAAGAUAUUGGGUACAGGGCCUAACCUGAAAAACCAUCAAAAGCAACAUUUAAAUUGAAAUCCAGCUCUGUUGUGCAAAUAUUUGAAAGAAUGUCCCAAAUGGCUAAAGGCCUGGUGUAAUGUCUGGGUUUAGCCUGUAUGUAAUGACAGAUGAAUGGGGUAAAGCAUGAUGUAUGUUUCUGCUGUUGGACAGAAGCACGAGUAUAUACAGCAUGGUCUCUUAACCUUUGGGUCAUGACCCUAUUUGAGGUCAAUUGGUAUGCAUUUGGUGUAGUGGGGAAAUUAAACUAAAUCAUAAUCAUAAUCACUCUGAUAUUUCUAUUUGGAGAUGUUAACCUCCAGUUCAUACCAUCUUGAGAAUUCUCUAAUAAUAUUGUACAUUCAAGAUUUUGGGAUACAGGGAUUGGGUCAUGGGCCAGAAAAGGUUAAGAAACCCUGAUAUACAGAGGAAGAAACAGAGAUUCAACAUUUCAAUUUUUUUAACCUUGUUGGCUUUAUUCAGCCCUCAGUGUAUGCUCCACACUGACCCCUAAAGGCUAAGUCACACUGAGACGUGGGAGAUAUGGUUUUGGUAUUCAUGUGGACUGUCUGGUUUUAUCCUAUCACAUCCCUCUUUACUGUCACAUACUCCUCAUUUAUUUUAAGUGGAGCUUUUCUUCCUUCACCACAGGCCUGGGCUUCCUUUUUAAAUGCCAGGCCCAGUGACUGAGAGAUCACCUUGUUUUUAGUCUUUAUUGCAUCCUUUCCUGUGCCUUCGGUGAAAUCUCACUCUUUUGGCUCUGUGCAGGCUGGUGGCACUGCACCUGCAGCCUCUUGAGCUCAAAAUAAAGUUGAUCAAGCCUAGAAAUACCCACCUAAGCACAGAAAUAAAAGUAGGCAGCUUUCUUUAAUGUACAUUAUCUUAGCACUGGCUACUUGGGUCUUAGUGAAAACUUACAAUUAUGACACAGAAAAUGGAGCUUUACAAGAUAAGUAUGGUAUUUCAUCUAUGCUAAAGCUGCGCGACUUAAAUUAUAAAAUGACCAAGAAACCUAGCAAACCAGCAGUUUUAAAAUAAUGUUUUUCACUCUUUCAGGUGCCUGCACUUUAUAUUAUGUAGCUUAAUACAUCAUUUUUGAUAAGUAUUCUAGGUCUUUAUAUUUAGCAGGUUUUCUUUAUCCAAGUAAAAACAUCUUAUUUCCUUUCCUCUUAUGUGUGAUAUAUUUCUCUCUAAGCCAAAUGUAAUAGUUUACCUUAAUGCUUCCACUAUUUAGCAGCAAUGUAUUAAGUUGCAAUCAGUUGGGGAUAAUAUGUGGACUACUGGUUGGAUAAAAGGCAGAUAUUAGCUGUGACAACUAUAUAUAUUAUGCUUUUAUUAUGAUAGUUGUUAUCCAAAGUACACUGUUGUAAUUUUGAGUCACAGCUGGAUUCAACCGUUCACCUUAUAACUGCCACCACACUGUAUUGAUAUACUAAGCUAGUGCAUACUGUACAUACUGCAGUAUUGUAAGCACAGAAAGGCCCGGGGGGAAGAGGGAGUGUUUGUAUGGACACACGACAUGUGAUUAAUCCCCGGUCUAUACUGUCAUUCUCAAGUGGAACGUGCAUACUGUAUGUAUUGUUACGAACUUUAGUUUCCAUUGGCUCAUCCAUUGAGUUGUAUUAACAUUUACUGAUAUAUAGUUGUGUGUAUGACAACAACAACAACAACAGGCAAAAGAAAGAGCACACCACACUCACACACUAAUAAGGGCUUUUAAGAAAACAUACAACAAUCAGAAUGUUUUGCUGCUGUUGCAAAAUUGUUUUGAAACUAAAAAUUUGUAAUAUUUUUGAACCACUGUGAUUUGUACAAAAUUGGAAAAAAAAAAUAAUUUAGAAAAAAGUUGUUUUCCUUUUAUGCCAUUUCAGUAUUUUGAUGUUUGACAUGGAUUUUAUUAAACUGUUAAUCUUU